AUGAGGUCCGGAGCACCGCGCCGCUGCCGCUGCUGCUGCCGCUGCUUACUGACGCCCCGCUGGAGAGGAAUCCCCCGGGAGGCUGCCCGCCGACCCUCGCCCGCCAUGUCGGCCCUCAGGACCCUGCUGGUCCUGGGCCUGGUGACCGGGUUGGUGGGGUGCGCCCCCUGCAUGAACGCCACGGCGGAGCGCUGGGAGGACCUGUUCUCGCGCUCCCUGGCUCGGGUCCCGGGGGAGAAGAUGGAGGAGGUCAGCCGGGACGGUGACUACCUUCUGGGCAUUAAACGGCUGCGGAGACUUUACUGUAACGUGGGGAUCGGCUUCCACAUCCAGGUGUCGCCCGACGGUCGGAUCACCGGGGUCCACAGCGAGAACCGUUACAGUCUCCUGCAGAUUUCCCCGGUGGAGAGAGGGGUGGUCACCCUGCUUGGGGUCCGCAGUGGACUCUUUGUUGCCAUGAACUGGCGAGGGAAGCUCUACGGCUCUUUGCACUACAACCAGGAGUGCAAGUUCAGAGAAAAGCUCCUGGCCAACAACUACAACGCCUACGAGUCGGCCGUCUACCCGAGGAUGUACAUCGGCCUGAGCAAGAGCGGAAAGACAAAACGAGGAAACCGAGUCUCGCCCGCCAUGACGGUGACACAUUUCUUGCCAAGAAUCUAGAGGCCUCAUAAAUAGACGUGAGAGGAAGGAGAUGGGGGACAACAAGCCAAAAUGCACUUUCACUCUCAGCUCUUUGCAAGUGCGUCAUAUUUGACUUUAUCUGACAUAUUCCUCUUUUUAUUUAUUCAUGUCAUUUUUUUGUUUUUUUUUUAAGAGGCGGAAAAUGUUUUCUAAUUUAUUUGCUGCUUCAGAAUGACGUCACGCACCGACGACAGAACCCCACGCUCACCAGAACUUGAAGCCAAACGACACCUUUAAGUCUGUGUUUUGGGUGUAAAGGCUGGUGCCCCACGCUGCCGCUAGACUCAGACUCAUAGAAGCAGGAUCAGUUUACUGUUAAGAGAGCGAGAGAGAGAGAGGGAGAUUUGGGGGUGACGGUUGACGAACAACCUCCUCUGGUCUGUUUAUAGCUCUUCCCGGGGGGUGAACUCUGAACUUUCCUGCCGUCAAUCUCAGUCACAUCUAUCAGAGCGCGGCGGCGGCGCAGUGACAUCCUCUGUGACAUUAUAGUAUAAGUGGGUAAUUUUGGAGUUUAACAGCAAGGUCAAAGUCCUCGGCUGUAACAGAGAAACUGCAGCCUUGACUGUACCAGUCUAUUCUUGGGUCGGUUCCGAUUGUCUGCUCGCUCUCUGACUCAAAGUUCAACUGAAGUAAUAAUAAGUGGAGCGUGAGUUGUGCAGCAGAGCAGAGGGUUGGAACAAGAACUGUUGCUACUCGAAAACUUUCAUGGCCGAUUUCAUUGAUCCAUCUUCCAAAACAUGCUUGUUCCUCGUCCUCCAGUCUGCUGUCACAAGUGAGACACAGUGACUGUUGGGACAGACUAGAUGUCAUCACAUCACUUAGCAAUAGCCGCAAGAUUCCUUUGACUUUCUCCAGCUUGCUGGUCAUAAUAGUGGCUUCUGAUCUUCAACUGCUCGGUCAGUGUGUAGUGUGAGCAAGGGAUCUCAUGACACUCACCCAAAUUUUGCAUCCACUGUGUCCUGAGCACAAACCAAGACGGGAAAACAAUGAGAGCACCGGACACUCUCGCGAUGCUACUGUUGAUGUAGCUCUCUGGUCGUAACGGGAAGACAAACUCUGAUCUGCUAGUCACACUCGGGGCCGACCAGCUGGGAAGCACAGACGCAUUGCUGACUUGGUCGCAUGGAGAGUUUUAAGGCCCAUUCAUGCUCCCUUUACAUAUGGAAUUGUACCCAUCCUUUUAAAACAGUGUUACCGUCACUGAUCACAUGCUUCCAUGUGUUCUUGACGUCGGUAUUGCUGUUCAGUUGUAGGAGGUGGUGGUCAGUGAGGCCGUUAAAUAUAUCGCCACUGGAGAACGGAGAAUUUCCACCGUUGUUAUGUCUUCUUCGUGUCUCAUUAGAGCUACGUGUCGGGUCGUAACAGCAACACUGCCCCCCAUG